GAUCCAACCUGAACAACAUACAGACAACAGAACUAUACAAAAAUACACCAGUGAAUGAACUGGUAAAGAGACCAGUUACAUUUUUUAGGCUUUAUUCAGAGUUGAAUCAUUCUGACUACAUUAAAAUCUGCUGAGCAGCCUUAUUAUUCUAUCAGGUUGGACUUGCAGGACCAGGAAGCCUCUAACAGGUUUAUCUGCAGCUGUUGAAACACGUCUGAUCACAUAAAGGCUGCUGCUGCUCCUCUCAGCAUGGCUGCUUCAACGCUGCUGCAGCUGCUGGUUCUGGUUCUGGUAUCAGGAGGUUCUUCUGGGUCGGACAUUCCCAGCCAGAGAACCAUCACAGCAACACCUGGACAGAACAUCGUGCUGACAUGUCACACUAGAAGCCGCACAGCUGUCUCUGCUGUAGACUGGACCAGGAGGGAUCUGGGCUCAGAGAGGGUCUUUCUUCUACAAGAUUCCAGGUUUGAGACAUUUAACCAGCAUGAACUGUUCCAGAACCGGGUGGAACUGCGAGACAGAGAGAAAAAUGAUGGAGACGUGUCCUUGGUUCUGAAGAACGUGACGGCUGCUGACAGGGGGACAUAUGAGUGUAGAGUUUUCCAAUCUGGAACAACAAACACUACAUCUCCAAUCUGCAUCAUCAACCUGAACAUUGCCAUAAACAGCGGCGUAAACAGAAGACAUGAAGCUGGACCACCUGGACUACUGAUGGGCCUGACAGUUUAUCUUUAUCUUAUUGUCCGAUUUUGGUUUUGUGAUUUUUGAAAGCAUGCACAAAGACAAAAGUUUGCCUCCUGCUUUUUACCAUCUGUGUUUAAUUUUUCAUAAACAGCCUUAGUCAGAAUUUCCUGAUGUUGAAGGAAGAAAAAAUUGGUAAAACAUCUUGAAGUAAUUCAGGUUAAGAGUUCAAAUGACGAUUUUUCUGGACUUUUAAUACAAUAACAUAUUUAAUCCAAACGGUCAUCUUUGGUGAGAGGAUUUAAAUUGUUAAACAGAUUUAAGUUGGAGGUUAAGCAGGAUUUAAGCAGCUGGGAAACGUUUUAGGCUUUUAAUUGAGCUAUGAGUAAUAAUGACACAGUGGUCAUAACCCAAACAACACAUACAUGACGCCUUUCACAGAGAGUAGUCAUUUCCUCAAUGCUGUUUUGUUUCUGUGAAAUGCCACGGAAUUUGUCCUUCCACAGGAUGGUCUAUGAUGUUUUAUGGUGUUAUUGUGUUAUAUAUCUGGUCUGCUUCUCUUACCGGCUUCCAUAUUAGCAGGCAGAUGCUCUUUUACCAAGAUAAAAUACCAAAUGCUGAAACUCUCAUCUGAUUGGCUCAGGAACCAGGAAGUAAACACGGGCUACUCUCUAAACCAAAGUCGUUUCAGACCGUACCUCUAGGUUUGAAAGGAGAAAAAGUCACUCAGACAUUGAUGAUGGAGAGGACUUAUUGUUUAGACCACAGGUGUCAAAGUUCAGUCCUCUAGGGCCGGUGCUGCAGGUUUUUGUCCCUGGUCUGACACGCCUGAGUCAAAUAAUCAGGUAAUUAGCCUGACUGCAGACUGAGGAGCUGAUUGUUCCAUUUGAUUCAGGCGUGUGGGACCAGGGAGACCUCUAAAAGUUUCAGGACACCGGCACUAGAAGACUGGAGCUUGACACCCCUGAGGGAAUGUUACUUCCAACCUGGCAAAGAAAUGAGGAUGAUUUAGAUUGAUUUUACAGUGAAUAUCUUACUGACAGCACCUUUAAAACUUCUCUGUACUCUGCUUACAUCAUAUGUUUUUUUUUAAAUGUGUUUGGGCUGUUUCGUCUGUUGAAACAUGUUUAAUUUUUCAUCUGUAGAGUUUGCUGUGAUCUCUGUGUGAUCAACAUAUAUGAUGUUUUCUAAGCAACACAUGUUGUCCCCUUCAUGGUUCAUCUGACUAAAAGCUGGACGGCUCAACCUUUAACUUAUCGUCCUUCUUUCCUUCAGUUUUCCUGUUUCAGCUUCAGUGAAACUGUUUAAUAUUCCAGGAAGUGCAUCAAGCUAAAAGGUCCUGUAGGUUCUGACAAGCUCGGUUUAUUUUACUUGGUUUUUGUAAUGAAACAAACAAGACCUUGUAUUUGAAAUGCAGCUGAUUAAAUGAUUUAUGGAACUAGAAUGGAAAUAAAAAAUGUUUGGAUUUGA